UUUUGUUCAGUUUGAAACCAUUUUACAAGCUCCUUUUGGAUCAACUCUGUGCCUUCAAGUUGUUACAUCAGGUUUGUUUCUGAUGCAGGUCAGCAGCAUGAUUAAGCUCUGCCUGUGUGUAUGUAUUUCCAUGAGUGUAUGGCUCCACGUUUCCCUCGGGUUGCCACCCCAGCACCUUGGAUGGCUGCGGCUGUGGAAGGAGGGUGAAGGUUGCAGGGAGUGCAACCAGCACCUCUGUCCCCCACUCCCCAACAACUGUCCUGCAGGUCGGGUGCGGGACGAAUGUGGAUGCUGUGAACAGUGUGCUAAUGUGGAGGGGCAGCAAUGUGACCCGGAUGGGGCUCAGAAGUUCUACGGCCGCUGUGGAGAGGGCCUAAUCUGCCAGAGGAAAAUGCCAAAGAGGGGACACAGGGCUGAGCCAGAGCCUACAUGUGUAUGUCAGGACAAGAACCCUGUGUGUGGCUCAGAUGGUUGGACCUAUCCAAAUGUUUGCCAGAUGAGAGAGGCUGCCAGCCGCCAUAAUAUAACCCUUGGGCGCAUUGGAACAGGACCUUGCCACUCUGCUCCCCGUGUCCUUCGAGGCCCCAGAAACCUGUUCAACUACACCGGGAAUGACAUCGUGUUUGGCUGUGAGGUCUCAGCCUACCCUCUUCCAAACUUAGGCUGGAAGAAGACAGGGAUUGAAAACUUCCUGCCAGGAGAUGAUCCUCACAUCUCUGUCCAGGCUCGAGGCGGUCCCCAGCGCUACACUGUGUCUACCUGGCUUCAGAUACAAGGCCUCCACCUCUCUGAUGCAGGGGUCUACUCUUGCAUAUCCCACAAUGCCUUGGGGGAAACGUCUGCAUCGGCACAGCUCACAGUAUUGAGACAGGUGGUAAAGGUGAUGAAAGGCCACGCUGAGGAGGAGCAGGAGCGCUCUGAUCAUCUGGAGGAAGGCAAUGCUGAUGGACAGCUGGCAUCUGGAGAUUACCCGGGAUUCAUUUAAAUCAGUCUUAUAUGACCAAACAACAAGGUCUACCUUAAAGGAUCAGCUGACAUACUUUAAAUUAAAGGGCACAAUGUUUGUCCGUCACAGCUCACUGCUCCUCUGUAAGAGCUAUCACGUCAUUAUAAUUAAAUAUCACAUCUGCUUUUAUCCACCUUCUUACUGCACCAGGACAGGAAAUAAAUCACUCUUGUUAACUGCUGUGGAGAGUUUACUCAUUUGUGUUGUAUGGUUAUAAUAAACAUGGACAAUAAUAAGAUCCCCUUGAACACUGGCAUACUAAGGAAACUGCUGACUCUUCUCCAAAACAUUUAAUUUGACAUGACUGAUACAAAUUGCAGAUACAAGUCACCCCUAAAGUAUAGCCUCUGCCUCUUUCUCCUGCUUUCAGCACUCCACCCAGAAAACAUACAGUACAUUCGUUCACUGAGAGAAGAAAAAAGAGACGGAUGGAGCAAGAGAAGGUGUGUCCAUCCGCAGGGUCUCCGUCUGAUUCUCUUCAUCUCUCUCCACCUGAGUGCCAGUUAAUCCUCCCCUCAUCCCCUGACUCCCAGCUGGAUACAGCAGCUCCUUCUGAAUGGCAAGCUGCAUUAACGCCGAGGAACUUUCCCCCGCUGUCUGUUAGUCAAAGCUGAUUGGAGAUUACAGGCCUGCGGCGAAA